AUCUUAAUAACCCUAACCAAAUUGCCGACCAUCCCAUUGCUGCCGUUCACACAGACCAUCAUUCCGCCGAAGAAAAGUUCGCAUUUAUCAUCAUUAUUGACUCAGACAGAAAGACAUGCUCUGCUAGUUGAAGGGAUUAAUGGAAAGACACUACUGAGGCCUAUUAUAAGCAUCCAAUCUUGGAGAAUAGGUAUUCUAUUUUUUGCUUUUGGAAAUGCCCUUAACUUUAUUUCCUUUGGAUAUGCUGCUCAGUCGCUUCUUGCAGCAUUGGGAUCCAUACAAUUUGUGUCAAAUAUCGCGUUUUCCUAUUUUGUCUUACAGAAAACAGUCACUGUAAGUAUAGUAUUAGUUGCCACAACUUUUAUUGUUCUUGGAAACAUCUUCCUUGUUGCUUUUGGCAAUCACCAAUCACCUGUUUACACACAGGAGCAGUUGGCAAAAAAGUAUAGCAACAUUACUUUCCUAUUUUACUGUCUGCUUUUGGUAGUGGUGGUUCUCAUGCAUCAUUAUGUAUACAGGAGAGGAGAAUUGUUGCUUGCUAUUCCAGGGAAGGAUCUUAUGAGAUACUGGAAGUUACUGCUUCCUUUUUCAGUAUCAUUCUUGUAGAAUAAACAUGUUUCUUGAUAGCUAUUAGACUCUAAGUAAUAUUCUGUUAGAAUAAAGUAUAUGUUUUCUUAUAGAAUCUUUGUUUGUCAUUUUUUAUUAUUUUGGAUAAAUUUUAAUUCUUUAA